AUGAAUCAAAACAUCUUUUUCAAUGAUUCAGUAAACACCACUGGUUUGCUGCCGCCAGAUGACCCGAAACGCGUCGUUACGCUUCUUUCCAAUGCCACACAAGCCGCAAACGCCAACCCUACUGUGUCUCUAUUAACCGGCUUCCUCGGAUUUUCCCUCGUAGCAUCCAUCCUUCUCAACGGUUUAAUCGUGUUUAUUUAUUUCAAGGAACAUUCGUUGCGCAGCAGCUUCAACGCCUUAAUCGCCAACCUAUGCACAGCGGAAGUUCUGUUUGCCGGCACCGGAAUGCCGGGAAAUUUUAUCCGCGGUCUGUACGGUUACUUCCCGUACAGCGCAACGGCCUGCUCUUUUUUUCAGUAUUGUAUAAAUGUUUUUGGCAGCGCUGUCCGCUACGGGCACGUUCUUAUUACACUCAACCGCUUGUGGGCCGUCAGUUAUCCGGUACACUAUAAACGAAACCAGAAUAUGCGCUUGACCUGCAGUAUCAUAACACUUACGUGGAUUUUUGUCAAUGUUCUGUGGUUGCCAGUAAUUAUUCCCGGUCGAAUGUGGGCAAACCCUCACGAUAAACAGUGCUUAGUCAAUACGGAUUUCCAGCCGAAAACAGCGCUGGCAGUAGAAAUACUGGGUUUUACCGUCACCGAGAUCAUCGUCGUGGUGGGAAGUCUGCUUGUCUCGUACAGAAUCCACUUACGCCGGAAAAUCAAAGUGGAACUCGGGCUAAGCAGUUUAUCCAACAAGCAAGAUUCUCUUUCGCUACCAAAACGCGACAAUGGCUUGUCCAAAUCAGCAGCGGGAGAUUCCGGCGGUAGUGAUACGACGCAAAGACGCCGAACUGUGUCGAAACAGAGCUCUCAUAAUCGCGUCCUGGCCUAUCUGGUGGUGGCCGUAAUUGUCUGCUGGACACCUAAUCACGUGUACUGGCUUAUGGUGGAUACGAUUGACUACUGGAAUAACACCUUUCUUGCUGUACAGUAUUUCGCUUUGUAUGCCAAUUCAUGGAUCAAUCCAGUUCUUUGCUUGCUAGCACUGAAAGAUUUUCGCCAGGCAAUUCGCAGACUAGUUAAUUGAUGACCUGGUGAAGUUAAAACAACCCCAAGUUU